AUGGCAAGAGUCACGAGCAUUUCCACAUUCCCCAGAUCUCACGCAACCAUUGCUGCAAGGAUCCUUCUGCCAAAGAUCUUCCAACUACUGGAGAUCUGCAGAAGCAUUGGAGAUCAAACCCACAUGUCGAGUCGCUCUGGGAAUCUGCUGCUACGUAAGAUAUGGAGUAACCGCUCCGGAGUAAUCCGUAUGGGAAUACGCAUUUCCCCCACUCUGAACUUCCUGCAGGAAUGCGCACGGCGUGCUCCUGUCCAGUACUUGGUUGUGGUUCAGGGAUGUAGCGUCUUGGCGAUCAUAAAGGGGAAAACCAAGGGGGGUCGUGUCAAUCAUCCAUAA